CUAUAAUGUUGUUUUGGGCAGGUCGGCAGUUUCCAGAGGGUAUCUGACAAAGGUGACACUAGGCUGCGGAGAAUUGCGGUGCAACGGCAAUUAUGGGGUGUUCAGAAGACGCGUGGUACCAAGGGCAAUGGCAUAGCACGUCGAGGCUUGGGCUUUCGCGAAGCCACCCAUAUCUGCGGUAUAGUGCCGCAAACGAUGCGCAUUCAACAGAGUCUAUGGUUCCAACAGGGGCGCCAGAACCUGCAGACGGGCUUGUUAGACUAGGAAACGGCGCUGUUCGAGGACCGUGGCUACGUACCACGUCGAUCCGGCGACAUGGCCGGGCGAGGUUGGCCCUGUGGGCGGCGAAGCUGACCGUGACGAAUGGGAGAAGCAGGGAGAAGCACCCGUUCUCCAACAGCCCAAAACGUCGGAUCGCGCUCCUCCCUUUUGAUUUCUGCUGCGUCUACGCGGAACUAGACGCAGACGUAGCAUGUUGAAAGAUAAAGGCCGUCGUGGGUCGUGGGUCGUGGCUGGUGGCUGGUGGCUGGUGGCUGGUGCUGGUGCUGGUGCUAUGGCCGCGGGUGGUGGCGCACGCUAUUGCCAACGCCAUUGAUUUCUUCACAUCAGACCCGCAAACCAUUCCCGGAACCAGUUGCUCGAGGAUUGCAGACGUGUGAAGU